AUGUUCAUGCCGAAACCGCACCGUAUCGCAAUUUAUCGGAAGCUGUUCAGCGAUGGAGUGAUGGUGACAAAGAAGAGCGCCAAGCAGCAUCCGGAGCUGGAUGGUAUCCCUAACCUGCACCUCAUCAAAACGAUGCAAUCGCUCAAAUCGAAGGGCUUAGUGAAGGAGCAAUUCGUCUGGGGCCAUUACUACUGGUAUCUGAACAACGAGGGGAUUGAGUAUUUGCGUGGUUAUCUGCACUUGGAGGCCGAGGCACUGCCAGAGACGGUGAUCCCAGGGCGGAGCCAUGCGCCGCCAUGUGCCGUGCGCCGUCAAGAGCCGUGCGCCGCCAACAAUGUGCGCAAGGAUCGCGCUGAAUAUCGUCGCCAACAGAAUGUGGAGCAUCCGAAGAAACAGGAAAAAGAGUGCGUCGUCGCCGAGACAACGGAGAUAGAAUUCGACAGCGCCUAA